AUGAACUUCGCCCAAAUUAUCCAAACGGGCCGCACGCUCACGGCGCUGGAAGAAGCGCUCCUCUCGUCAUCUCAAAUCCUCACAAAUAUUCAUUCAGAGACACCAGAAGUGAAUGAUGCAGAGGAACAUCCCACAGGAGAGCAGCGGUUACCGGACCAUAUCCUGCUCCGAACGGCCAAGUUUUAUUUGCAUCAGCCGCGAGAUAUCAUGUCCCUGGCCCUUGCCAGCAAACAGCAUUGGCGUCUUCUAGAAAUGGAGAUCUACAUUGCAGAUAUUUUGAAGACGAAGCAGCAAGAGAAUGAUGCCAUUCUGCGAGAGAAAAUCCAAUUGCCGAUCACAUUGGAGGCUUUAAUGAACACUCAACUUGUAAGCAUUCCAGUGGCAGCGCAGAGACACCAACUUUUCCAGCUGCGACCAGACCUCCGCAUCAAGGAGACUGCUUUGCAUCACGCAGCUGUAGUCAACAACAAGUAUGCCGCAAAAAAGGCUGUCAUUGCCAGUGCGAAGUUCUGGCCAGGCUAUGUCGACGUCAAGCGCUAUGGUUGCGUGCCGCUGAUGCUAGCUGUCAUCCGAAACUCCACCAACGCUGCCCAGGUUCUUGUCGAAAGUGGAUGCUAUAUCGACGCUUGGCAUAAAGAACCGAAAGGCGCGAGAAAGUUGGUCGCUGGAGGUUGUGAGUUUGUGGCUAAUUUAGAGGUCCGAAAUGGAUUUUACGAUAAGAACGCAGCGUUUCUCUACACGCCACUCUGCAUGGCUAUAGCAAAACGACUCCCGUCCCUGUCGCUACUGCUCGCGCAGAAUUCUACCGACUCUAGAAGCGCAGUGGAAGUUUUAAAAAAAACACCUAUGUCUCCGCUUCACUUGGCAGCCUUUGCAGGAAUGUCAGCAGUUGUAGCGGCCCUGUUACAACGAGGUUACAGAAGAGAGGAUCCAUCACAAGCAUUUCUAGGGGCUAAACCCCUCGGCCUCGCUGCUUCUGGCGUAGACAACAACAUCGCCACCCUGGAGCUACUUCUGGAUCUUGACAAGAGCAAUCCAGAUGAGCAAGUAUCCUACCCGUGGGCAGGAGCUCUGGCACAUCGCGUGCCCCACAACGCGAUUUAUCUUCUAGAGAAUCACCACAGGGAACGAAGAAUAUCUGACCUCACACGCGAGGCACGACAGUGCCUUGAAGCAGACGAUCUAUUACCAGUGCUGAGGUGGAUUCUGGAGAACAAUGAUUCUGCUGGGAUCCGUUCCCUCAUUCGAGAACAAUGCAAUAAACUCCUCAAGAAGAAGAUUGGAGUCCCUUCAGCAACUCUCAGAUAUCUACGCGCCGAAGGUAUUGUUGCUGCGCCCAGUGGUGUCCGGAAGGUGGGGACAGACAAUUUGAAUUUGCAAAAAGGGGGGCCUGAGUCUGCAUCGGGUGUGAUAUUGAGUACGGAGAGCAUGAUAGAGGACUGA